GCGCAGGCACGGGAUUUGUGUCGCGAUCGGGACUGAUAUCACGAUAGUGGAAGGGAUUCCAGUGACCACCAUGCCCGUUGCAGCAUUCCGCUGUGGGUAUCGCUACAGAAGUUAAAGCAGACGGCUUGUUUUAUCAUCAGCGUAACGCUACAGAUUGUUCAAUAUCCGAGGCAGAACUAGAAGACACUGAAAGAUGUUCGUAACUAGUCACAGAGCCGGAAACCCUGAUAAUUUGGUGGUUCGGAUGAAAAAUGGAAUUGGCAGCUCAAAAUAUAAACCUGUUGACUAUCAUCAACUCCGUGCAGAGACUGAAGCCAAAAAGUUAGCAUCUGCUAGCAUACAAUUAAAGAUCAAGAAAACCCAGCAUGCCUCAAAGAUAUCAAAAGACCAAAUGCUUGUGAAACAGCAGUCACAGGUGUGGUGGAAGGAAUACGAACGACUGAACGAAAGUCGAAAUAAAGUAGAAAAACAACUCAAGGAGUUCCUGGAAGAAGGUGGUCUGACAUCCCAGUUCUUUUCAGAAAUGAAUGAUCUUGAGCUGCGAUUAUCGGAGGAUCGAGAUCGCUAUAAAGAAUGCACAGUGCAUCCCAUCUGGCAACUAAGGGACGAUUUAAAACACAGGAUCGGGGAACUGCGGUAUCACUCUCUCCACCAAACGCAGAUGGAAAGUGACUUUCAUCCAGACGGCAUCAUACAGCAGAUAGAAUCUGUGAAGGAACAGCAGAAAACGCUGAUUACAAAUCUUGAUCAAGAACAACAUAUUUUAGAAGAGGCUCUUAAGGACUACGAAGCAACGGAAUUAUCAAGCGCAGAGGGAAGCAAUGAGGUCCCUGCGGUGCUACAGGACUUGCAAUGCCCUUAUCCCGAUUUGAAGUCUUCUGUGCUAAGUGAAUAUCAGAGCCUUGCUGAAAGAUAUCUCUCGAAUAUUCAUGAACUUGAGAUAAAAGUGAAGGAUAUAGACCGGGACUGCACAUGGAGCGAUGAGCACCAUUGGAUUUUUGGGUCCAUUAUUAGCCAAUAUCCACGUGACCUUCCCAACAGAAGAGCUUUAUAUUUAGACAUGAUGUCAAGGCAAUUACCAGACAAAUCAAGACAGGAACUGGUUAACCAUGAAAAGAUCUGGGACUUGCAUCAUUUCACAAAGGUUCAAAAAAGUGCUUUGACUGAAAACUGGGCUCGGUGUAGGAAGGACUUUAUCAUGAAGGCAGUAAUGGCCAUCAAUGAAGCCUGUUCUGCAUACGAAACAGAAAGGAUUCUCGAAAAUGACAGGAAAAAGCAGCAAGAGAUCUGUAGUGAGCUGAAAGAAAAGGUCAGGCAUCUGAGAGCUCAGCAUGAAGAAGUUGCGAGAUUAGAAUCGGCUAUUGCUGCCAGGAAUAAAGAGCGAGAAGCACAAAGAGAAAAGCAACAGAGAGAGAAAGAAAAGCUUCACAGAGCAGACGACAGAGCCAGGAUACAGAAAUACAAAGCCGAAAAACAGCAAGCAUGGGAAGAACUACAAAUGCGGGAUCUCCAGCGCCUGGAGCAGCUGAAGGAAAUGAUGGCGGAGCAAGCUCAGAGAGACAGAGAACGAGCUUUAUAUAGACAACAAGUGUUGGAACAACGCCUUUUAGAAAGAAAAGAGUUGGCUCGUUUGGAGCAGAAGGAAGAAGAAGAAAGACAGAGAAGACUUGAUGCUCUCCGACAGCAGGUUGCUGUAAUAGCUGAAUUUGAUCCUGUAAGGAUGAUGAGCGACACAAAGUCAUUUAAAGCUAAGAUGGGUAUAGGAAUCGAGCAGGAGGUUGUCUUACAAAAGCCACUUUUCCAAUUGUGUACAUACAAUGAACAACAGAUCAUUUCUGACCAGCGGGUUCGGGUAGAGAUGGCUCUUCGGGAAGCUGGACUUCAUAAGACAGAAUAUGCUAAAGAAAUCUUACCUAAAAUCUUGCCACCCAAACCUCCACGAAAGGAUAUGAAGUCCACAGUUUUUGCAAAAUAGCUCAUUCCUCCUAAAUACAAAUGUGUCUUUUUUGAGUUGUAUGAUUAAAGGUUUUUUAAGAUAAGGGUUUUGCUGCCUCCCGUUUGCAUUAUACAGCCAGGCUUUGCUCUCUACAUAAAUCUCAGCAGGCUGUAUUGGUUAAUACAGUGUCAGAUUAGCGAGGCAGGAUUUUCCAAUGAGCGAUGGCACCGAAGUGACAGCUGCGCUGCUCCCGUGGAAUUUAGCAGCCCUUUGUGUUUAUCCCAGGUUACUUUCUAGAUGUUCUAAUUUGAUUUACAGGAAGUAUUACUGAUUUAUCAUUGUUGCAAAAAAAUACAUUGUUCUUUUUUUUCUCAUUACAAAAAAGUU